AGUCGAGAGGCAUUGAGGUGUACCACUACCACCCCUUUAUAGGCUUGGAGAGGUCAGGAAAUGCCGCGGUCGCUCGAUAAUCGGCCUCCGCAGUUCCGCGAGGUCGCGCACCAUAUUCCAUGGUCCGGCAGCGGAGUUUGCGCGUGCAAGGCACUAUGCCGUCCCGAAGACGCGGGAGUUGCGCGGUACUGCAUGGCUUCCCUUCGCUGCACACUCCUGUCCGAGCCACUCUGCUGGAUAUGGAAUUACGUCGUCGUCGUGUUCACACUCACGUCGGUUCGCGCCGCUGACCACUUGCACCUCAAUUCUUGAACGCAGGAUCACUCAGAUCCUCAGGACAGCGUACCCAAGGGGGCGCGCCUGACCAGUAUCGAUGUUGGGUCAGGCGGCGAGCAGAUUGCGACGUACAUCAGUGACCAGAACGAAAAUGACAAGGCUACGCACGCCUUCAUCAUGAUCCAUGGCAAGCUGCGAAACGGCGGCGAAUACUGGACGACGAUGAACAACGUGCUGCAGAGCGCCAUCGACGCCAAUUACAAAGGAGUGGACGAGAAUGCCAUCGUCAUCGCACCUCAGUUCUAUUCCACCAAAUUCAACGAAAAGCAGUACAGCAAAAACGAACUCGCUUGGCCCGACGUCAAUGCCUGGCAAGCUGGUGACCCGGCAAGUCACCCAGACGACACCCAGCUGACGUCUAUCGACGCACUAGACGCCAUCAUUGAGUCGCUCGCAGAUCAGGACACGUACCCAGCUCUCACCAACGUCACGGUCGUUGGCCACGGUGGGGGAGGACAACUCGGACAGCGCUACGCGACCAUCGCCAAGAACCAGCCGUCCAACAUCCACAUUCGAUACAUCCACGGCGACCCCUCCAGUGGUGUCUACUUCACCAAGGAUCGGCCGCUCACCGACGAAAGCGUGGCCAGCAUCGCUGACUGCCCCCUUUACAACACGUGGCGCUAUGGAUUUGACAACUUCACCGGCACUGCCGAUGGUCUCAAGAAGCCCGAGGAAUACUUUCAACAAUAUAUCUCGCGAGAUGUCGUGUCCAUUGUCGGGUAUCAGGACACCACAGCAGGCGGUGAUCAAUACUGCAUGGCUUUGCUGCAGGGAGGUGUCGCCCGUCGUGACCGCAAUUUGGCCUGGUGGCAGUACAUCAACACCUUAGCUCGCACCAAUGAGGAUCUGACGGGCUUCCCCGGCAACUUUAGCGAACUGCCGGACUGGUCAAACUUGAGCCAAGGCAUCAUCGGCACCAAGCUUGUUGUGGUCGAAGACGCAGACCACGAUGCAGAGAAAGUCUUUGAGAGCGACGUGGGACGUGCUGCUCUGUUUGACGUCGAUAAUCUGCCUACCGGGUGGAGACCCAGACAUUGGGUCCAGAAGCCCGCCAUCAAAAAGAGCGUUCCGUCCUCAUCCACUUCUGCUGACAGCGCACGCUCUACCGACGCCGUCUCUGAGGACGAUCAACAGUCAGGCGCGAUGAGUACCUUCCUGAAGCAACCUAUCACCCUCCUGAGCAUUGCCUUGGCAGCUGGCAUCGCUUCCUCUCUUUACCUGUAGUCUCAGUCGCGACUACUUUCUACCUUUCGCAACAUCGAGGACACUGUGGCCAGCAUCAAAUCCAAUUCCGUCACUUGCAUCCGGCGUACUCCCGUCCAUCUCCUACCACUCUCGCUGCAGUCGCUGUUUGGAAGACCAAUCGCAUUACCAUUUUUCUCUUCACAUAGACGUCGCAUCCUUGCUGGCAAGGUGAUAGCUACUUGAAUCAACCUGUACAUACUUUGAAGCCAAUGUCAUACCCUUGGCUGAAGCGAACUGCA